AUACACACGCUUUGUGGACUCUCGGCUUCCGUUCAACUAGUGGUCACAACGACAAAGCYAAAAAAGGAUAGCGAUUAGCUAGUCAGCUAAUCCCUCGCAUAACUCAGUCGCAGUACAUUUCACAAGUUUAUGACGAAAUGGACAUGGUCAGGGGACCGGGCUGAAUUUAGAAACGGAUUUGGAGUUUUUCAAGUUGAAUUUCACCAGUCUCUGCAUCAGCAUUGCCAUGGACAAAUCUAAGUGAUGGAGUCCCAGAGGAAAAGCUCUGGUGAGGAGGACAGUUCAGGGGAGCGAGGUUCGCUCCACACCUGGAAGGGCUACUCCUAUAGUGUCACCCCAGAGAGAGUGCUCCUGUCCAGGCCUGUGCUGCAGGCUGCCCUGGGGACACGCCAUGGGGUUCUACUGGUGGAGGGCGGGCAGGUGUACAGCUUUGGUGAGUUCCCAUGGAAACAGAGCCAGGUCUCGGUGGUGGGCCCUCUGAAGCCCGUCCUAGAGAGCGCUCUCAGCGGCCAGCGRGUGGUCGCCGUGGCAGCGGGCAGCUUCCACAGCGGGGCGGUUACCGAGGACGGCGGGGUUCACAUGUGGGGGGAGAACUCCUUCGGCCAGUGUGGCCUGUCCAGCCUCACUGUAGUCCCCAACCCUACUCCAGUGGCUGUCCUGGACCCCGACACUAGCCCCCCUCAUACCAUCCGGGUCCUGGAGCUGGCCUGCGGGGAGCAGCACUCCCUUGCUCUCUCUGCCCAGCACGAYGUGUGGGCCUGGGGCAGCGGCUGCCAGCUGGGCCUGGUCACCACCAUCUUCCCCGUGUGGAAGCCCCAGAAGGUGGAGCACCUGGCGGGCAGACACGUCCUUCAGGUGGCCUGUGGGGCCUUCCACAGCCUUGCCUUGGUGCGUUGCCUACCACCUCAGGAGGCCCGGCGGCCACUGCCAGACAAGUGUGGCCAGUGCAACCAGCUGCUCUACACCAUGACGGACAAGGAGGACCACGUCAUUAUCUCAGAUAGUCAUUACUGCCCCCUAGGGGUGGAGUUGCUGGCUGACGGAGAGGCCAGGCUGGGGCCUGGAAGGUCCCCUCCGCUCAGGCUCCAGAGCUCCCCUUCAGAGCCCCUCUCCUCUCAUACCUCGGCCUCAGCGCCUGGUCCCCAUCCCUCCAUAACAGAACAUACAGACUAUGAGAGGGGGAGGACAGUGGCACAGAAUGGGGAAGUCUUAACCACUACAGACUCUGACAUCUCUGCUGCUGGGACAGACUCUGAUCGAACUGUUGGAGGUGUGGGGGGUGCGGGGUCUCGGAACUCCCCCUACCCUGAUCAGGCAGUGAAAGAAUAUCUCAAGAAACUGUCUGACACCUCUUUGGCUGAGGAGACUGUCAAGAUGACCAUAGCAGGAGCAAGUUUUCAGCCCCCAGCUGAUAGCCUUGACCUCCUGACCUCUGAUCUCAUCCCCGGGGUCAUGCCAGUGACCACCAGCUCUGCCCUCAACAGCCUGGUCUCAUCCUGUGCCUCCGCCGUGGRCGGGAGAGUGGUCUCCACCUGCGAGGCUCUGUCCCUGAAGAAGAGGAUUAACUACUACUACCCUGGGGUUGGGGGUGUAGCAGGAGUACCCGGUGGGGUGCCAGGGGGGUUUCCAGGGGGACCRGCGGAGGAGCGGGUGCGUCUGGAGGAGUCCAUGCAGGGGAAGAAGAGCUGCAGCACGGGGGAUAUCCGUGAGGAGGAAGCCGAGGGCCUGAGUCGACGUCUCUCUCUGCCUGGACUCCUCUCUCAGGUGUCCCCCAGGUUGCUGCGGAGGGCCAGCCGGCCCAGGGUGCGAGCGGUGCCCCUCACCCCUGUGGGAGGGCUCCCAGAGGCGGGGGASCUGCUCCCCUCCCUGCAGACCGAGGUGUGGAGCUGGGGGCGGGGUGAGGAGGGCCAGCUAGGCCACGGGGACAACCUCCCCAGGCUGCAGCCACUGUGCAUCAAGUGUCUGAGCAGUAAGGAGGUGGUGCUUGUGGCUGCUGGGGCACAUCACUCCCUGGCCCUGACUGCACAGUCCCAGGUCUUCUCCUGGGGUAGUAACAGCUCUGGCCAGCUCUGUCUGAGGGGAURCGUGUAUGGGACGUGGGUGCGGGGGUGCAGCACACCCUCCUCCUGGCCGAUGGGGACUGUUACCAGCCCAUCKUUUACUAUAGCGGACAGCAGGUCAMAGAGGGGGCGCAGGACGCACCCCAGGACCAGACAGAGGGGUACAGCUACACCCAGCAACCAGUGCUGCUCCCCUUCUGCAUGAACUUGGGCUACGUGAGCGGCGUGUCUGCUGGGGGCCAGAGCUGCGUGGCGCUAGCUGACCGCAACGUCAUGGGUUUCACCGCCAGCCUCCACGAGCUGGCUGCUGCCGAGAGGAAGUUCUACUGCAAGCUGAGCUCUGUGAAGAACCACAUACUGCGCCCCCUGUUGGACCUGGAGUCGUUGAGUACAGCCCUAGGCCCGGCGUCCACAGUGAUGCUACAGAGCCUGGCGAGGUGUUAUAGCCGCCUGUGUCACCUCACUGGCCAGCACUCCGCCUCCCUCACCGCCAACCUGCGCCGCCGCCGGGAGUUUAAAAGCUUGGUUAUGCUGGAGCAUGCCAGCAUCUUCCUGGACACGUACAAUGAGUACUGCUGCUCUGUGGGUAACUUCCUGGUGAUGGGGGGCUUCCAGGCUCUGGCCAAGCCCUCGCUAGAUUUCUUUGGGAAGUGUCCAGAGCUGUUGCAGCGGCUGGCAGAGUCCAGCGAGGAGAACAUUCCUCUGAGUGACCUGUUGGUGACUCUCUUCUACCUGCCCAUGAGACACCUUCACGAGUAUGGCAGGCUGCUGCUCAAACUGGGAACCUGCUUCGAGGUGAGCUCAGUGGACUACCAGAAGCUGCAGGAUGGCUGCUCUAAGUUUGAGGCCCUGGCUCUUCAUCUGAAGAGGAGGAGGAAGGAGGCAGAGUACACAUACCACUUCUGGAAGAGCUUCCCUGGCAAGAUGACGGAUUCCCUGCGUAAMCCCCYCCGGAGGCUGAUCUGUGAGAGCAGUAACAAGGCCCUGACGCUACAGAACUCUGGAAGGUUCUCUGUCAACUGGUUCAUCCUCUUCAACGAUGCACUCGUCCACGCUCAGUUCUCCACCCACCACGUCUUCCCAUUGGCCACACUGUGGGUCGAGCCCAUCCCAGAGGAGAACACUGGCCUGUAUGGACUGAAGUUGAUCUCACCUGAGGAGACCUUCACCCUGCUGGCCUGUUCUUCCAUGGAGAAGGCCAAGUGGCUUCGCUCCAUCAACCAGGCGGUGGACCAGGCCYUGAGUGGGMCGGGGCAGAGGGCGGAGCCUCCCAUCUCCCGGACCGCCUCCUACACCUUCUACAAGGACAGCCGUCUGAAGGAGGCCACCUACGAGGGCCGCUGGCUGGCCGGCAAGCCCAAUGGGAGGGGAAUGGUGAAGUGGCUUGAUGGGAGAAUUUACACGGGGACGUUCAAGAACGGACUGGAGGAUGGUUUUGGAGAUUACGUUAUUCCCAGCAAGACGUUGAACCUGAACGACCACUAUCAAGGCCACUGGAAAGAAGGGAAGAUGCACGGCAUCGGAACAUACAAGUAUGCUACAGGUGAGUUGUACGAGGGCUCGUUCCAGGACAACAUGCGUCACGGUCACGGGAUGCUGCGCAGCGGAACGCUAAAUUCCUCCUCCCCCAGCGUCUUCAUCGGCCAAUGGGUGCACGACAAGAAGACGGGCUACGGUGUCUUUGAUGACAUCACCAGAGGAGAGAAGUACAUGGGCAUGUGGCAGGAUGACCAGCGGCAGGGCACGGGCGUCAUAGUAACCCAGUUUGGCCUGUACUACGAGGGAGCCUUCAACAACAACAAGAUGCAGGGCACAGGGGUCCUGCUGUCUGAGGACAACACCACAUAUGAAGGAGAGUUCUCGGAGGACUGGACUCUCAACGGAAAGGGUGUGCUGACCAUGGCUAAUGGGGACUACUUUGAGGGCUCCUUCACCGGGGAGUGGGGCUCCGGCCUGAAGGUCACCGGAUCCUUCUUCAAACCCAACCUCUACGACUCAGACGGGGACAAGGGCCGCGCUGUUAAGCUGGGGCGUCUGGCGGUGCGUCCGGAGGAGAAGUGGAGGGCAGUGUUUGAGGAGUGUUGGAUGAGGCUGGGCUGUGAGGCCCCUGGCCAGGGAGAGAACCAGCGAGCCUGGGAGAACAUCGCUGUAGCCCUGACCACCAGCAGGAGARGGCACAGAGACGGCUCGGAGAUGAACCUGAGUCGGACUCAUAACAGAACUCUGGGGAGUCUGGAGUUCAUCCCUCAGCAGCAUGUUGGCCCUGUUACCAUGGAGAAGUAUGACCGUAUCCGCCAUUCCCUCAUCAAGGCGUGUGACAUGCCCCUGCACCCCCUGGGCAUGCUGAUGGAGACCCUGGUGGCUGUCUACAGGAUGACCUACGUGGGGGUGGGGGCCAACCGCCGCCUCCUACUGCAGGCUGUCAACGAGAUCAUGUCCUACCUGGCACGRAUCUUCCAGCUCGUCAGGUUCCUGUUCCCAGAUCUGCCUGAGGAGGGUGGKGCGAUCCCUGAACCAUCCUCUGACCCCCAGGACAAGAAGGAUUCCAACUGCGCAGACACCCAGCUAGAAUCCCCCAAACCUGGGCGUGUAGUGAGUAGCUCUGCUCUGCUCCUGCCGGUGUUGCUGCCUCGUCUCUACCCCCCUCUCUUCACCCUGUACGCCCUGGAGAAGGAGAGGGAGGACGACGUGUACUGGGAGUGUGUCCUCCGCCUCAACAAACAGCCAGACAUGGCCCUGCUCGCCUUCCUCGGAGUGCAACAUAAGUUUUGGCCGGUUUCGGUUCCAGUGCUGGGGGAGAAGACAGAGGUUGUGUCCAGCACAAAAGACGCCUGUUUUGCCUCAGCAACGGAGACCUUACAGCAGAUCAGCACAACGUUCACCCCAUCCGACAAGCUGCAGGUGAUCCAGUUGACAUUCGAGGAGAUCACAAAGGAAGUGAUGUCAUCUCUGGAGGAUAACUUCCUGUGGUCCAUGGACGACCUGUUUCCUGUGUUCCUCUACGUGGUGCUGCGCGCCCGGAUCAGGAACCUGGGGUCAGAAGUGAGUCUGAUAGAAGACUUGAUGGACCCCUGUGUACAGCACGGAGAACACGGCAUCAUGUUCACCACUCUCAAGGCAUGUUACUAUCAGAUCCAGCAUGAGAAGACCACAUAAGAACCACAGAGAAUCUCUGUACUGUAUACUGCAGCAGCUCUGUGUAAAGUGGCAGUCAGACAGACAGCCGAUUUAGAGGGAAGGGAUUGGAGAGGUUUUGAGUAAUGCUGUGUCAGGGUCGUCACAGGAGGGUCAUGAUGAUUGACAGACAGGCUGCUGACUGUCCAUCUGCUCCCCCGUAGCAGGACCCCCUCCCCCUUACAUACACACAUACACUGACUCAUGCGCUUACACACACAUACGAAAACACACACACACACUACAAAGCUCCCCGCUCUAACCACUGCCUAAUGGUGACCGUGUCAUCAGGCUCAUACACCUACUUGAUUCAUCAGGUUGACCUCUGUAAAUCCAAGGUGUUGUAAAACUGUUUUGGCAGUUUGGCCAGUUCAUCUGUCCAUAUGCUUUGUAAUACCUUCGCCCCUGAAUGAAGGAACCUGCUCCUUGAGCCGUCUGGAAUAGGGGCUUACUGGGAUGUGGGCAGAGCCAGUGGAGUUUCAGCCUUAUCUGUUGUGAAUAUGACUGGCUAUUUACUAUUCACUCUAUAUUAGUGGCAGAGAUCACUGCCUCUUGUCACCCAGCGCUGGUAGUGAAAUGGAAGUCUAUGAAGAGAAACUUAAAAUCCAAGUGAGACUCACCCUUAACGUGGAGCCUGUCUAAUAACAAGACGCCAUCUUGUAUGUAUGAGGUGGCAACAAGUACGCAUCGGAUGGCCACCUGUUGCUUCCAUCGGACCUCAGCCCUCAAAGCACAUGUUAUUUAAUGGACCAACACAGUACAUCACAUUGAUGUCACUUAAAACAAGGAAAGAGUUGAACCUCACAGAUGCAGCGACGUCUGUGUACACCGAGCGCCAACCUACGCUCACUCAGACCAACACCAGUUGAAGUUGUUUUGUAGUUGAAAUGUAAAAUGUACACUCCGUACACUUCCGGUGUUAUUGUUGUAUUCUAUGUUCUGAAAAACCUUGAAUAUGCAACUGUUCAGGUGAUUGAAGAUGUGAAGUUGGGGGGCGCUCUGUUUCUCAUGUAAUGCAGUUAUGACAGCCAGCUGAUGUGCACUUCACCUGCUAGCCUUUAAAACAUUUCAAUUCAUACUGUGUUAUUUGUAUUUAUAACCUCUCUGUUUGCACAGUAUUUAUAAUGCUACAAGGUGGUUCUUUCAGGUCACUUUGUUAUUCUACACCAGAGCUAAAACCUCAGCCACCUGCAUGAAAUGUUGACACUUGAUGGGUAACCCAUAGAAGAAGACGGCUUAUUUUCUGUUAUAAAACUUUUCCUGCAAUAUAGCUAAUGUAAUAUUCAUGUUUGUGGUUCUUCAAAUCAGAUGAAGACUUUUACUAGGAAGCAAUAUUGUUUAUGCAUGUGUUUGGUGUGCUCCUGUCAUGCAGACAGACUUAUGGCAGUAUUUGUACCUGCAAGGCAAUCACUACACUGAAACAACUGUCUCUGUUCAACUCGUGGUGGUCUGAUCAUGUUGUAAUGGCAAUAUAAUGGUUAGACAGUGGUUAUACAGUGACAUUGAAGUCUACCAAAAGAAAAUCUUCCUGUUGCAACAAUGUUCUUUAAAAAAUCUAUAUCUUUAUUCUGGGCAGAAUUAUUAAUGUGGAGAAUAGAAUUUGUUACAACUGUUAACUGAUUGUUCGAUGGGACAUGCAGGACAUAAGAAUCUAUAUUUUUAGCAGAAUUUGAUUGUAACUUGGUAUUUGGUUAAUUCUUUAUUCAGCUUGUUUGUAAUUUGUAUGGUCAUGCCAAGGUUUACCUCCAUUUCCCCCCAUAAUUCCUUUGGAAAGGACUGUGAUUAUUUAACUGUAUAUCUGUUUACACCUGAAACACAUGAGGUGCUGCAUGAUAUGAUAUCUCUACAGUGUUUUACRCAUAGACUGCAUAACAUACAGUUUGAUCUAUGAAGGAAGCUUGUUUUUAUUUUUUAUUUAAACUUUAUUUAACUAGGAGAGUCAGUUAAGAACAUAUUCUUAUUUAAAAUGACAG